AUGGCAGAACGUCAGGAGACAGGUUGGCAACUAUUCAGUGAGGAGCUAAAGCAUGCGCUGACAACUCUGACUCAGCCGCUGCUCCCAGGCUAUGUAGACGAAGCGAAUCGCACUGAUAACAAUGGGCUUCAAACUGUGUUGAAUGAGGUGAUCGAUUGGGUCACACGACACCCACCUAAAGAAAAAGAGAUCCCCAAAGCUUUAGCACGCUUGGCUUGUGUGAUGUCUGUCCAAAUUAAGAGACAAGACGAAGCCAUGGGGAGGGCCCAAGAACAGAUACGGGCACAAAUGAAGGAAAUUGAUGAUCUCAAAGAGGAGCUGGGAGGCACUGAAAGGGCUCUACAGCAAGCUCAAGACCGUUUGGAUGAGAUGCAAGCAGAGGCUCCAUCCAAACAUGAUCAAAACCCUUCCUUAGUAACCCAAAUCUCAGACUUGCAUGACACCAUUGAGGAAAAGGAAGCUCAGCUUUCGGACGCUAGGUCCACCAUUCAUGAACAAUUACAGGAAUUGUCAAGGGUGAAAAGCAACCUAGAUCAGUCCUCAACUGAUGCAAGGGACUGGAAGGCUCAGUUUGAAAGCAAAAGGGUGGCCCUUGAAGCAGAAGAGAGACCUUCUGCUAAUCUAAAGCAAAUGCUCCUCGAGACUCAGAGGAAACUUAGUCUGGGUCAACCCCAGCAAGAUCAGAGCGGGCGAAGCUCGCCAAGCAGUCAACAGACGCUUCCAUUCCCUACCUUUCGACCGAGUCGUGUCCCCAGAGGACAUUCAGGUCGAUCAAGUCCGGAUGACACCGGACAGAACUCGGGUCAUACUUUGUCGCCCCUUCACCAACCAACACCUUCCGGGUAUCGUUCCCUGAGCUACCAACCUCAGUCCACGCCUGCUGCUCGUCAAGCGGCAUAUCCCACAGACAGGGAUCUGGACAAGAUGGCUCGUAACAUCACACGAUUUGAACCCGGUCGAAAAGGUUCUGAAGACCCAAGCACCUACUUGAAAGACAUCGACGUCUACUUGAGGAAGUUUCCAGGUGCUCUUGUGGAUGACAAAAUCUACUUGAUCAAAGCUACCUCCAAUCGAGAGGUUAGCAGCUUCAUUGAACGACAACCGCGUCGGGUCAAGAACGACUAUGACCUGCUGUGUCAGGCAUUAAUUGACGAGUUCUCUGACUCCCUUACACCCACUGGUUUAGCUGCUGCACUGUUAGUCAAACAGGAGAGACAGGAAUCUCCCCAGUCGUACUACGGUCGCCUUCGCCAGGCUUACUUUGGUUGUAAAAAUUAACCUGAAAUGGAGGAAGAUCUAAACUUUAAGACUUUGUUUGUUCAAAACCUCCAUCCGUCAUCAUCUUGGUGUUGCUGCUUGUCCCCGAACCUUAAACAGCAGACAGCUCCGCGAACUGGCCGUAAAAGGCUUCGCUAAACAGCGACACACCCAAUCUCUGUCGAAAUGUCAGUGGUGCAGGACCAAGGUGAACUACGUCGGUUUGCUUGUUGGUCCAACGGGGGUCGAACCACAGCUGUGUCGAAUUCAAGGACUGUCAAACCUUAAAGCUCCCACGAACGUCUCAGAGCUUCGCAGCUUUUUGGGAGUAUGCAACUACUCCCGACAGUUCAUUGAGGACUAUGCAGACUUAGCAAAACCCCUCACCAACUUACUGAAAAAGGAUGUGCCAUUCACUUGGGGACCAUCCCAACAACACGCCAUGCAAGCUUUAAAACACAGACUCUGUGCAGCUCCUUGUCUUGCCUACCCAGACUGCAACAGACCAUUCUAUCUGGAGGUCGGUUUCUCUUGUCACUGCCUCAGUGCAGGAUUAUACCAGAUCCAUGACUCAGAUAAACGAGUCGUCGCGUACGCUAGCAAAACCUUGUUGGCUCCUGAACUGAAGUUCUCGGACUGCGAAAAAGCGCUUCUCGCCACUGUGUGGGCUGUGAAGCAUUUUUCCAAUUAUCUUGGAGGCCAAAAAGUGAUUGUGGAAACCAAUCAUCAACCAGUGACCUUCCUUAACAGCCAAAGAAUCAGAGACGGCGUGGUAACCAACGCUCGUGUAGCAUCUUGGCUUAUGGCUCUUCAGAGCUUCGACAUCGAGGUCCAUUACGCCCAAAAUCGCAAAACACCUCUCGGGAUGGAACUCGCAGCGUGCCAAAGCUGCUUGACAGACAGCGCGGACACAGGGUCCCCAACCUGCGACCCCGAGCCACCUGAAUUAUCUUGCCACCGAUACUUCGACGACAAUGUCUGCAAAGACAUGAUUACAGCUUACGUUGAUGGUUGCUCAUACCAUCACGACACUGUUCUCAGAGCAGGCGUGGGUGUUGUCUGGGUCAACGACGAACCGUGUGAACCACUCAGCUUCAACCUAGGGGCCCAAACGUCCCAGUAUGCUGAAGUGGCAGGCAUUCUGAUUGUUUUGCAACUUGCGGUGGAACACAAAAUCCACGCCUUGACAAUCUGUACAGAUUCCAACUAUGCGCGACUCAGCUUCUCAUGCCAUCUGCCUUUGUGGAAACGCAACGGUUUCUUGACCUCGAACAGAAAGCCGGUCAAACACAAAGAUCUGUUCCUGGCGUGCGACUUCUUGACCUCUAACCAUGAUCUCCAGAUCUAUUGGAAGAAAGUCAGGGGGCACUCUCGUAUCCCUGGCCCAGACAAGAUGUUUAAUGACCAGGCUGACUCCUUAGCCAAGCAGGGAGCCUUAACUGGCUCAAACUGGCACUUUGAGCCCUCUGUUUUUCCCCUCCCACCCGUGCCCCUGGUUUGUGCUGUCACCAGAGCCCAGUCUCGAGCUCCACCUCGCCCGGCUCCCUCGGGCCCGGUCUCCGCCACUGUGGCUCCGGCUUUUUCUGACUCUGACUUGCUGGUGCUCCAAGCUUCGGACCCAGCCAUUGCUGCCAUGACGCAGUUCCUUUCAGGGCCUCCUGACUCCUCCAUGGCUCCUGCCUUACUUGACUCCAUCCCUGACCUGCGCCAUCUUUUCCACGUGCGCUCUUCGCUGCGGCUCGUCAAGGGCUUUCUGGUUUAUGUCUCCGAUGCACUCACUUCGCCUGCCCUGGUGGUGCCUCGCAGCCACAGGGGGGUGAUGUUGACAUACGCCCAUGACACACCGUGCGCAGGACACAGAGGAAACAAAGCCACACUCCAUGCUCUCCAACAGGUGGCCUAUUGGCCACACAUGCAGAAAGAUGUAGCUGACUACAUAAAAGGGUGCCUGGUUUGCUGCCAGUUUCAACCGGCAAACCCACUUCAUCGAGCACCUCUACAGCGCAGAGGUAUCUCCUUUCCUUGGUCAGACCUCCAGAUCGAUUGGGUGGGUCCUCUCACCAAGUCAGCAAGAGGAAACAAAUACUUCCUCACAGUUGUCUGUGCGUUCACCAAAUGGAUAGAAUGCCUACCAGCCCCAAACGAUACGGCUCAGACCACAGCCUACCUCUUGAUGAACCACAUCUUCUCGCGGUUCGGACUCCCAACUCGUGUCGACUCUGACAGAGGGACACAUUUCACCUCAGAGGUAAUGCAACAACUGUGGCAACUGUUGGGCGUCAAAGCCAACUUUCACAUCAGCCACCACCCCCAGUCGUCUGGACAGGUAGAACGGGCAAACCGAACAGUGGUAACCAUACUGAAAAAGUAUGUGUCAGCCAACCACAAGGACUGGGAUGUUAAGCUUCCCUUGGUCCUGAUGACCAUCAGAGCGACUCCACAUGGGUCAACUGGGUUCUCACCCUUCGAGCUGAUGACGGGCAGACAGAUGACCCUACCUCUGCACCUGCUGUAUCAGCCAGGUGAGGCCAGUAUAGCAACGGCCUACACGACCCAUCAGUACAUGACUGACUUACACCAGCACCUGAAGGCAACUUUUGCCUUCACCCAAGAGCAUCUCAGCAAAAGUGCUGAAGGACGCAAGUCCUACUAUGACCAAAAAGCCUCCCAACAGGAACUCCAAGUGGGUGACAAGGUGUGGUACUACCUGUUCACCCAGCCCACUGGAGAUAAAGCCCCAAAGUCUGGGAGACUGGCACGAAAGUUCCUGCCCCACUGGGCAGGCCCGUACCUGAUCACUGAAAAGCUCUCUUCUGUUGUGUACCAAAUUAAGAUCGCAAAGGGCAACAAAGAGCCGAUCCUUAAAUGGGUCCACCGCAACCAGAUUAAACUUCACCACAACCCCAUGGGACUUGUCGGGGCCUCCAGCGCCACCCUUGAGUCAUAA